AUGAGUGUUUUUUCAGAAACACAGCAAAGUAAAGAACAGAAAGAGAAACUUGAUGUUGAGAGUUAUUCUGAAGCCAGCACUGUGGAUCCGGUUAUUCAUAUGGAUAUGAUUUUCCAGACUAAAAAGCCACAGAUACCUAAGGACUGUUUUGGAGAAUGUUGUGUCCAAUGUUUUCCGUGUUGUGUAGUGGAUAUCACUAAGUUUCCAGGAAGCACUUGGUGGAAAUUUAGAAAAACGUGCUACAGCAUUGUUAAACAUAGCUGGUUUGAAAAUUUUAUCAUUUUUGUGAUAAUAUUGAGCAGUGCAGCACUGGCAUUUGAAGAUAUUUACCUUGAAGAAAGAAAAAAAGUUAAAAUGGUCCUAGAAUAUGCAGAUAAAAUAUUUACUUACAUCUUUUUUAUGGAGAUGCUUCUGAAAUGG